AUGGCGAACAGAGGAAAGAACGCCCCGACCAAAAAUUUUGGGGGCGUGAUAGGACUUCUUCAAGGGGUCCUCGCUCCUCCUAAACUUGUUGUUGACAAAAAGACUAUAGAAAAAUCAUGGAAACUUAUGGACAAAGUCGUCAAAUUGUGUCAGCAUCCUCGAAUGAAUUUGAGAAACAGUCCUCCAUUCAUUCUCGACAUUUUACCUGAUACGUAUCAACACCUACGACUUAUAUAUAGUAAGCACGACGAUCGUUUACAGACACUGAAUGAGUGCGAAUAUUUUAGGAUUUUUAUCGAAAACCUGAUGAACAAGUGCAAGAACACGAUAAAAUUAUUUAAAGAAGGAAAGGAAAAAAUGUUCGAUGAGAAUUCACACUACAGGAGAAAUUUGACUAAACUUUCCUUGGUGUUUUCACACAUGUUGGCUGAAUUAAAAGCCCUUUAUCCAAGUGGAGUUUUUACAGGUGAAAACUUCAGGAUAACAAAAAGUGAUGCAUCCGAUUGGUGGAAAAAGUCAUUUGGAGAUAAAACGAUUGUACCUUGGAAAAUUUUUCGACAGACUCUAAAUGAGGCCCAUCCAAUCAGCUCAGCUCUAGAAGCCAUGGCACUCAAGUCUACGAUAGAUUUAACUUGUAAUGACUACAUAUCUGUCUUUGACUUUGAUGUAUUCACAAGGCUAUUCCAGCCGUGGAUAAACCUACUGCGGAACUGGAAUGUGUUGGCAGUGACUCAUCCUGGUUAUGUUGCUUUUCUAACUUAUGAUGAAGUCAAAGCCAGAUUACAGAAAUAUGUCACCAAACCUGGCAGUUAUGUGUUCCGAUCAAGUUGUACCAAAUUAGGUCAGUGGGCCAUUGGUUAUGUAACUGCUGAGGGACAGAUAUUACAGACUAUUCCACAAAACAAAUCCUUGUGCCAAGCUCUACUUGACGGCCAGAGGGAAGGCUUUUUUAAGAAUCCAGAUGGCCGGAGUAUAAAUCCUGAUCUGAGUUUCCUUGUACAGGACUGUCAGGAAGACCACAUACAAGUGACAGAGGAACAGUAUGAACUGUACUGUGAGAUGGGAUCCACUUUUCAGCUGUGUAAAAUCUGUGCUGAGAACGACAAGGAUAUUAAGAUUGAGCCAUGUGGCCAUCUUUUAUGUACACCUUGUCUCACACAGUGGCAGGAUUCUGAUGGUCAAGGAUGUCCUUUUUGCCGAUGUGAAAUUAAAGGGACAGAACAGGUUGUAGUUGACCCCUUCACGCCACACGGUCACUGCCGAGGAAACGAUAGUUAUCGCCCUGCCAAUACCCACACUAAUAUGGACGAGGAUGAUGAUCCAGAUGUUAUGGAUUCAGGUCAGUGGAUGUCCAACAGUCUCCAAGCUCUUAGUGCUGUUAACAGGUGUCGAGACAACCGGUCACCGUUUGAGUCCCCCAGUGUUCCAAAAAGAGAUUUACCCCCACCAGUUCCCCCUCGGAGAGCCUCACCAGCCCCAUCACCGAAUGUUUCACCCACAUCAUCACCAAAACCACCUCAUCGCAGACAGCUGCCCCCCACACCACCGGUAGAGGGCGCUCCACAAGACAAACAUCUUAUUCCCCAACCCGUGCCAAAGAACGUGUGUACAGAAGCCAGUGAUGGAACAGGUAUUUCUUAUGCCGAGCUUCGUUAUGAUGUUCCCACCAAUGCUAUUCCAGUGAGCGAGAGCUAUGCCGGACAUUUUCCUCCCUCUUCCUUUCCUCCUGACACCAAUUCAGCUUUUGAAUCACAUCCCAUGGCUAACUCACCUCACAGUAGCUCAGACACCACGCAAAACCACAAUGAGUUGUCUGACUAUAGCCACAAAGGAGGUACAGGAGCAAACCCACCAUUGAGACGUGUACCUACAGACUACGACUUGCCGCCUUUACCAGCACCAAGAAAACCUCCUGAAAACAACCGGAAGUUAGAAGGUGGCGCUGCUAUCCGAGGUGAUAUACCACUUCCUGUACGUAAUCGUGAAAAGGCCAAUGAAUUCUCUGACAGUAUAAGUGAAAACAGUGUUGACGAGGUGCGUGUGGAAUUUCUCAUCUCUAAGGGUUAUGACAGGCUACAAGUUGUGGAUGCUCUACGUGUUGCCAGAAAUAACAUUCAUAUGGCGGAGGAGAUUUUAAAAACUUUUGUGAGAAAUGUCAGUACAGAGAUGUAAUUUCCAAACAUCCAGACCGAGGUGAAAUUUGUUCUCAACAUCAGUAAAGUACAGUGAAUUCAGAAUGUCGGCUGGAAGAAGUGGUAAAUUUCAAACCUCUUUAGAGAGUUGAAGUGAAUUCUUAAUGUCAGUAGGGAGAUAAAUUGAAUUCUGAACCUAAGAACAGAGAUGUAACAAGUUCUUAACAUCAGGACACAGAUGUAUUGAAUUCUAAACAUCAGGACAGCGAUGUAUUGAUUUCUAAACAUCAGGACACAGAUGUAUUGAAUUCUGAACAUCAGGACAGAUAUGUAUUAAAUUCUAAACAUCAGGACACAGAUGUAUUGAUUUCUAAACAUCAGGACACAGAUGUAUUGAAUUCUGAACAUCAGGACACAGAUGUAUUGAAUUCUAAACAUCAGGACAGAUAUGUAUUAAAUUAUAACAUCAGGACACAGAUGUAUUGAUUUUUAAACAUCAGGACACAGAUGUAUUGAAUUCUAAACAUCAGGACACAGAUGUAUUGAAUUCUAAACAUUAGGACAGAUAUGUAUUAAAUUCUAAACAUCAGGACACAGAUGUAUUGAUUUCUAAACAUCAGGACACAGAUGUAUUGAAUUCUAAACAUCAGGACACAGAUGUAUUGAAUUCUAAACAUCA